AUGUCACGAUCUUUAUCAGUUCUGCUAUUGGCCUGUCUUCCGAUAGGGUUCUUCUCUGAGGAGACGCCUCUAUAUCGCAAUGGGUUUGGGUACUCUUGUGAAAAUGGAAUGCCAAAUUGCCUUCCAAAUAGUUGCAUAUUUGACCUAGCUGGUGGGUUUUUUUGUGUAGAGUGUGGCUCUGAACACGUUCCAAUCAAUGGAACGUGUGUUUCUACCGCACAUGAAGCGGUUAGUAAGGCUGGUUGUGCUAAAUCACCAAUGGGAGGAUGGUGCAUGAAAUGUGGUGAUGGCUAUUUCUUAUUUUAUGGUGGCUGCUAUGAAUUGACCGGCGGAUGGAAAGCAGGUAUCUGUGAUAGGGCAGAGGGUGGAGUCUGCAAGGAAUGUGGAAAGGGCAGUAAGAUAUCUAUCCCAAUAGUCUUUACAAACCCUAAUACCACAUCUCCUGAACGCUGCAUCCACUGUGGGGAUCCCGUGGGUUUUGGCGGAUACAGCGGAACAAUUCAUUGCCAAUACUGCAAGCCCCCAAAAUAUGCAUGGAAAACAGAGGCAGACUGCUUCUCAUGCUCGCUGCCACAGACAAUGUGCACCUUCGAUUAUCGGUGUAAAAUUGUCACUAGUGGCGUAGAUACGGGAUACUGUAUUAGUUGUCCCACAACACACAUCUUGAGUGCUAAUGCUUGCUUUUCUAUAGAUAGUCCAAUCGGUAAUAGUAUCUGUUUGCCAAAGAAUAUCAUAGACAUAACUGACCGGUCUCUGUGUGUCCAAUGCACCAACUCGUCGGAGGCUCCUUUGCAGGGUAAUUGUGUGGCAAUCGCUGAGUUCUCUGACAUCUGUGUGAAGGAUACUAAAACCGGAAGGUGCACUGCUUGCAAGAAUAAGGGCGAUACUAGUUACUAUUUGUUUUACGGGGGUUGCUAUUCGGCUAAUCAUGGUUCAGGAGAACAAAUAGGAACUACGAUUUGCCAAGCAGCGGAGAACAACAUUUGCACCACAUGCAACAGUUCAAUCAAUGAUGUGUUCACCAAGAACAACGGAUGCUGGCGCUGCGGGGACUCAGCCAACGGGGGAAUAGAGGGAUGCCAAAGGUGUGAGAUGAAGGACAGUGGUCUUCAGUGUCUGGAGUGCCGCGACCUCUACCUGAGCCUGGAUAAGAGAAGCUGCCUGGCCAGCUGUCCCAAGGGGCAGAAGGGCAUACAGGGGUCCUCAUCCUCGGUCCACAGCUGCGCAUGCGAUGACGGGUCCUAUCUGAAGGACGGGAAGUGUGUCGGGUGCACGGUGGAGAACUGCGCUGAAUGUGACGAGUCGAGCUGUAAGAAGUGCAAGUAUGGCUACACACUCUCCGGCAGUCAGUGCGUGGCGACCAAGUGCAAGGACCCCAACUGCGACACGUGCGAGAACAGAGACGUGUGCACAAAGUGUGCCGAUGACCACAGCCUCGACCCCCACGGUCUGUGCGUGAAGGACUGCCUGGGCUCCGCCGGGUACUACAAGGCCACCGUGGGGGGCGUCUCGAGGUGCGUGGCGUGCACGCUCGGCAACUGCGCAGUCUGCGAGUCGGAAUCCAAGUGCAAGGCAUGCAGGGACGGGUUCUACGUCGAGGGCUCGGGAGGAUGCAAGCCGUGCAGCUCUGAGUGUGCCACGUGCAGCGGACCGGCAUCCGGCGACUGCACCUCCUGCCCUGCCAAGAGGCGGCUGCAGUACAGCGACGGUGCCAAGGGAUCGUGCGUCCCGCAGUGCGUGCAGGACAGCAGCUGUGCAGAGUGCGGGCUCACGGUGGGCGGGACCAGCUACUGCUCGCGCUGCGUCAAGAGCACGGAGUACCCCAACAACGGGGCGUGCACUUCCUCCGGCUCGCGGGCGGUUGGCAUCGCGUGCGCGAAUGUCGCCGCCGGUAGGUGUGUUGCUUGCAGCUCGAACUCCUUCAGCCUCAACGGGGGGUGCUACACCUCCACGCUCCUCCCCGGGAAGACUGUCUGCACGAAGGCGAGCGACGGCUGGUGUGAUAGCACCGUGGCCGGGUACGGGAUAACGUACAACGGAACGCUCCUUACAUGCCCGACGAACUGUGCAAUGUGUAGUAGUGGGGUCUGCAGCGCCUGCAACAGUGGGUUCUACCUGGAGAAGGGGGCGUGCAAGGCGUGCUCCAAGGGCUGCGCCACCUGUCCUCAUGGGAAGGCAUGCUUCACCUGCCUGGCCGGGUACUACUUCUCCGAGAGCACGUGCAAGGCGUGUCACAAGGCGAUCUCCAAGUGCAGCCUCUGCGUGGUUCCAGAGGGCGCAGUCAAGCCCAUAUGUCUGGAGUAUGACAACACCUCCAAAAAGUCCGCCCUCUCGUCGGGGGCCAUCUCUGGCAUCGCCAUCGGCGUGGUCCUCGUCGUCGGCGGUGUGGCGGGUGUGCUGGUUUGGGUUUUCGUCUUCCGAAAGAAGGCCGGGGUUCCACCGCUCUACAAGCAGUCUAUCGUUGCAAGCACCCAUUAA